AUGCCUGGCGCGCAGGAGCCUGUCGCCGGCGAUCCACCUUCACAGUCGCCUUGGCUGCGAGCACAUGUUCCCGAUGAGCUCAAGGGACUGACGCCGGUCGAAGAGAAGCUCAUCUCGCUGAACUCAUGUUACGGGCAUGUCAGGGGCCACAUCACAGUGUUUCCGAACAAUGUGCAGGAGCUGGCCACCAAAGUGCUCCCGCACCCCCUUUUGCAAGCACUGGACGAGAUCCACAUCUCGUGGCAGGGCGCGGAGAAGCCGGCACCGAGCGACCUGUCGAGUCUCUUGUCGGUGAGGCGGCGGGUGGUCGAGAGGGCCCUUGUCUGGCUGAAGCGGAACAACCCCCACUACGCCGAGAUCGAGAUCGACGCGGCGGAGAUGGAGAGCUGGGGAGACUCGAUACACGGGGUACCGUCGUCGGUGUGCGAUCGUAUGGAGCGGAACGAGCCGUCUGGGUGGGAGAAAGCGCGGACGGCGCACGUUGUGCCGCCCACGGAACGCGCCGUGGACGAGGAGGGCCGGUGGAGAUCGAGGAGCUCUUCGCCCUGCUCAACCAAGGACAAGAAGCCGGCGGCCAGGAACGUUCCAGCGAUCAACGAGGUGACGUCUUCUGGCAUGUUCGCGCUCGACGGACCGCCAGACGUCGCGGACGUGGAGAAGCUGCAGUUUGCCUGUGACGCUGUUGCCGGGGUUCGGGGCGUGGCGACGGUGGUUGUGAGCCAUACAUCCGGGUUUCGCGGGGGUGAGUUUACCGAUUCCUUUGAGGCGUCCUUCUUUGCCAGGACGUUCCCGACCCUGUUCCCAUUUGGCGUUGGGGACCAAGAGGCGGCCGCGGGAGACCCCGUAUCGUCUCGAAGCUUGAACCUUCAGGCGUGGGCCGAGAUCGUGCUCCGGCGCCAUGGUGGUCGAUUUGCACUGCACCACAUCUUCGCAUUUCUCGUCUUCAACAUGGGGGUGCGGUCGAGGAACCGCCGGGUCAGCAUGUUGAGUGUGGGGAGGAAGAACUUCCGCAAGGUAGAGCGCAUCUCGCUCAUCGUCGGAUAUGGCGUGCCGGCCAUCUGGUUCACCAUCAACCCGAACGACAUUACGAACCCGGUGAAGCUGCGACUGGCGGCAUACCGCACACGCGAUCCCGACGCGGCCGAGGAGUUCUUAGAAGGCCUUGGGGAUGCGUAUAAGCGGGCACGGCUGGCGAUAUCGGAUCCCAUGAGCUCGGCCGUGUUCUUCCACCGCGAGAUGAAGCUGUUCUUCGAUCAUUACGUGAAGGUCGGUGAAGACUCGAUGCUUGCCGACAUCCACGGGGAGGAUCAGGCGGCGUAUCGCGAGCGAAUCGUCCGAUACAUCGAUAGCGUCUUCUCAGAGGAUCUGGACCAGGAAAGUUUUUGCGCCGUGCAAGCGGAGCGAUCUGUGACGGGCGGUAUUGGUUCCCUGCUGGACAACGCCGCGCAGUUCUCGGCCGCGUUUAUCGAGGAGGCCAACUUCUGUGCCGGCGCGACGCAGGAGGGCGGAAAGGGACCUCUGCCGGUUCAAGGCGCCAUGGAGAUCCGGAGGACACACAGCAUGGUCAAUCGAUGGAACGAGGCUAUUGCUGUCGGGCUCCGGCACAACCAUGAUAUUUCCUUCAUUGCGACGCAGCGCAAGACAAUGGCCCUCAUCUAUUAUGUCACGAACUACGCGACCAAGGUGGAGGACCCGGUGUGGAAGCGUGUGGCGGCCGCGGCCGAGCUCCUGGCCGCCUCAACAGGGAACAGGACGCGACAGUUCCUGAUGAGAGUGGCGAACCGCGUGUUCACGGAGCGUCCGCUAUCACAGGUCGAGGUCGUCGCUCACCUUCUCGGAUAUCCGGCCGAGUUCACCGACAGCAGCGCGUGGGCGUACCUGAACUGUUCUCUGCUGUACUGGGAAGUCUUUCGGCGAUGGCGGCAUCUCCGAGAAGCCAGUGGCGCUGCGGCUACGGAUGACACCUUGGAUGAGUCGGUGCUCAGGCGGCCGGGCAAGCACGCUACCGUCUGCCUCGACGGCUACCUGAGCAAGGACUUCACCUACGAUGACGAGUCGUGCUACCGGAGGGCAGCCGUGCAGCAUCUUGCGCUGUUCGUGCCGUGGGAGUCCUUCCUGGGCGAAGGAACAGGUGAGAUCAACAGCAUCUGGGCGCGGGCUCGAGACGCUAUGGCCCCGAGAAUAUCAUGUCUGGUCGACAACGUGCAGCUGCUUCGACGAUCCGCCGAAGACGCAAAACGCGACGCCAAGCAAUGGGCAGCCUCGUCCGGCGAUGGCGACCCGACGGUCGCACACGUCGAGGAGGGUGGAGCAGGCGAGGCGGGCGCGGAGUCUGCAGCGACAUAUCAGCCCAACAGCAUCGGAGACGCAACGCGGCUCAUCGACGUCGUCCGAGGUGCAGUGGGAGCGAAUCAGGUGACGGCCAAGUCGCCGGAGCUCAUGGCAAUGAUACAGCAGCUCUGGCGGGUAUUUUCCGGGGCCGCACUACCGCCGCAGGAUCAGGUCAAGGCUAUCAAGUCGCAGCAGCGAUCGCCGCGCAGCGUUGCGAAGGGUGAUGACCGGUUUCGGGAGGACGAGGUCGAAAUGACGAUGGCCGACUCCGACGAGACCGCUAUCGACGCAGGGGCGGGAAUGGACGUUCAGUUUGGCCCAUCAACCUCCUUCCUCGCGGCGGGCAAGGUGUUGGCAACACGGCUGACGCUGAACAAGAGGCAGUCCAUCGCUUUUCUGAUAAUAUGCCGCCAGCUCGAUUUGAUGCAGCAGACCGACGGGGCGAUGCCUGCCAGCUGCGCCAGUUCGUCGGCGGAGCGGUUCAUCCACGGCCAGUCUCGAAUGGAUUGGCAGGAGAAGGAUGUGCUCGUCAUCGACGAGGUGAGCAUGCUCGGGGCGCGGACGCUGCACGCCGUGAACGAGCGGCUUCGCCGGCUUCGCGGAUCGCGGCAAGAUUUCGGGGGGAUCCCCAUCGUCCUCUUCUGCGGAGAUUUUCAGCAGUUCCGGCCGGUCCAUCGAGACAACUCGUUCAAGGCCGAGCAGCGUCACCAGCACGACAAAGCGCACGCACUGUGGAAGAGGUUCACGACGGUCGUCAUGCUGGACGAGCAGAUGCGCGCCGCCGGCGACCCGGAGCUGCAGAGGCUGCUGAAGCGGAUCCGUCUAGGCGUGCAGGAUCGGACGGAUCUAAACCUCCUCAACUCAAGGAAUCGGUGGAACCUGAACAUGGAGGCGAGCCUGGCGUUCCGGGUCCAGCAGCGGUCGACGAUGCGCAUUUUCAUCUCCGAGCACAAGUGGAAGGAGGAGCUGCCGACGGAGGAAGAGGCGAUCAUGAUACUCAACCAGGGCGACGAUAGCGCGAUCCCGGUGCCGGCCGUCUUCAUGUUCGUGGCCGGGAUGCCCAUCGUCGUGAACCACAACACCCACCAGGGGCUGAAGCUAGUGAACGGCGCGAGCUACUCGGCGGUGGAGGUCAUUGUCGACAAGGCGUACCCGGGGCAUCGGAUCUCGGCCGAUAUGACGAUCCACUUCGGGCCGCCGGCGGGGAUCAUUCUCGAAUCGGAGACGACGAGAUAUCUCCACUUCUGCCAGCGAAAAAGGCCGUGGCAACGCAACGACGUCAGCCGAAAGGGUUUGCCGUGCGCAGCAGCGUUCGCGUGCACGGACUACAAGGUGCAGGGCAAAACGCUGGAGCGCGUGGCCCUCGAGCUGCGAGGACACGGACGACGAAGAUGGAUGGAACGGUGGUGCCCUCGCAACGGCAUCAUGCUCGUGUCCAAGGUGCGGGACAGAGACUUGGUGGGCAACCGGGUCCCCGAGGAGAUGACUGCCGCACAGGCCAGGCUCGAGGUACUGAGCGAGAGGACCGUUGAGGAGGCGUUGCGCUGGCUGGACGGUGAUGCUGAAGAGUCAAGGCGGCCGCGCUAG